GAGGGUCCGUGAACACACCACAGGAGCUCCGACGAGCCAGGUGAGCCUCUAAAAUUCGCCUCGCCGCGUGCAAAAUCUGCACGCACGGAACGGACUCACGCACGCACACAAGAGAAUCCAUUUUAAAAAGCAAUCCGCCUCUUCGGACUGCACAAAUACUCACAAUCGCGUCGUUUUCUGCUGCCUGCACCGCCAUCUUGAGCCGCAUAGGAUGCUGUCUGUCCCGGUGGAGGAGGAGGGUGAAGACCAGGAGGAGGAGGGGGAGGAAGGAGUUGCCCUGCCUGCCGUUUUGGGAGCGUCGUGUGUCCGCGUCGUGGCACUCCUUCCGGAGCCGUGAGCGGGGCUACUGCGUCGUCGUCUUCCGGUUUGGGGUUGCUGAUGGGCGGCCUAGCGAGAGGGCCGAGCAGCAGCGGUAGCCAAAGGGUAUUCCCGAAUCCCGCCUCGGGUGGUUAACUCAACUGUUGACGUAUGCUUUUUUUCAUAAUUACACACUCCCCGGUUUAAUCCCCGUCUGUUGGAGAGGACUAAUCACACACUUCACCCAAUUACAUAACGCGGGCGUGUCUGUGUUUAUUUUUAAACUAAGCCCAACACCCAUUUUUUAGUUUUUAUUUGAAAACCCGUUAUGUGUUAUAAAAAUCAUUGAAUUUACCUAGUUCUAAUUGAUUGACAGGGAAAACCCUGCCCCUUUACCAGACGCACCUUCUUUAUAAAUAAUGCAGAUACGCUGCUACCUCCAAGUGGACAUUUGGUGGCAUUACAUAUAAGUCCAAAUAGUACAUUCAGUGAUCCCUCGUUUUUCGCGGAUAAUGGGGACCAGAACCUGCCGCGAUAAGUUAAAAACCGCGAAGAAGCGCUGCCCCCCAUUUUUUUUUGUUUUUUGUUCAAUGUAUUUACUCAGAUCUAUCAUUGGAAACACAUACAUAUAAGUUUAUGUAUUAAUAUGUUUCUUUUUACCUUUUUCCCCAUAGUAUAAAAAAAUGAAUAUACAUACGUAUAUAUAUGUACGUGUACACACACACACAUAUAUAUAUAUAUAUAUAUAUAUAUAUAUACAUAUAUACACACACACACACACACUCACCGGCCACUUUAUUAGGUACACCAUGCUAGUAACGGGCUGGACCCCCUUUUGCCUUCAGAACUGCCUCAAUUCUUCGUGGCAUAGAUUCAACAAGGUGCUGGAAGCAUUCCUCAGAGAGUUUGGUCCAUAUUGACAUGAUGGCAUCACACAGUUGGUGCAGAUUUGUCGGCUGCACAUCCAUGAUGCGAAUCUCCCGUUCCACCACAUCCCAAAGAUGCUCUAUUGGAUUGAGAUCUUGUGACUGUGGAGGCCAUUUGAGUAAAGUGAACUCAUUAUCAUGUUCAAAAAACCAGUCUGAGAUGAUUCCAGCUUUAUGACACGGCGCAUUAUCCUGCUGAAAGUAGCCAUCAGAAGUUGGGUACAUUGUGGUCAUAAAGGGAUGGACAUGGUCAGCAACAAUACUCAGGUAGGCUGUGGUGUUCCAACGAUGCUCAAUUGGUACCAAGGGGCCCAAAAAGUGCCAAGAAAAUAUUCCCCACACCGUUACACCACCACCACCAGCCUGAAUCAUACAAGGCAGGAUGGAUCCAUGCUUUCAUGUUGUUGACGCCAAAUUCUGACUUUACCAUCCGAAUGUUGCAGCAGAAAUCGAGACUCAUCAGACCAGGCAACGUUUUUCCAAUCUUCUAUUGUACAAUUUCGAUGAGCUUGUGCAAAUUGUAGCCUCAGUUUCCUGUUCUUAGCUGAAAUGAGUGGCACCCGGCAUGGUCUUCUGCUGCUGUAGCCCAUCUGCCUAAAAGUUUGACUUACUGUACGUUCAGAGAUGCUCUUCUGCCUACCAUGGUUGUAACGGGUGGUUGAGUCACUGUUGCCUUUCUAUCAGCUCGAACCAGUCUGUCCAUUCUCCUCUGACCUCUUGCAUCAACAAGGCAUUUCCGCCCACUGAACUGCCGCUCACUGGAUGUUUUUUCUUUUUCGGACCAUUCUCUGUAAACCCUAGAGAUGGUUGUGCGUGAAAAUCCCAGUAGAUUAGUAGUUUCUGAAAUACUCAGACCAGCCCUUCUGGCACCAACAACCAUCCCAAGUUCAAAGUCACUCAAAUCACCUUUCUUCCCCAUACUGAUGCUCGGUUUGAACUGCAGGAGAUUGUCUUAAAGGGCAACUGAAGACCUUUCCGGAUUUUGGUGUAAUUUUAUGAAUAUAAACUUUGGACGAGUUCAUCAAAACAACCAUGACAUUAUCAACACGUAAUUGUAAGGAUAAUUUGCGUUUUUUUAGUUUUUUUGCACUCCGUUAAUGGUCCCGUCGCAAACCCGGAAGUGUGACGUAGGCAACAGAAGACUACCCACAGCUAGCAUAGCAGCAACAACGAUGUCAGUGAUAUUUCCACCAAAGGUAACCAUUCAGGAUUGCUCUUUCAUGACGCUACCGAUGGCAAAGGCUCCCAGGAAAGAUGAACUACAAUUAAUCCCUACAUGUUUGAACCUGAGGCGUCAGAUGACGGCGAUUUACUUGACACAGCAGAUGGCGUCAUGACGCCAAUUGACAGCUCGACACUUCACGAACGGGAGAGUGAGUGUUACAGAAACCCGUGAAUGUUUUUACUGCCAUGAGCGAGGACACCUGAUUGGCUCCUGCCCCAUCUUGAAAAGAAAAGAAUCUAAAAGCGCCAAACCACCAUCCUCAAUAGCAUCAGUUCAGACCAGAAAAUCUGCUGCUAGCGUGAAUCUAGCAACACCAAAACACCAGGUUGACGCAGAUUUUCAACCAUUCGUCUCAAAAGGUUCAGUAACAUUGGAAAACACAAAGCCGGUCGCUAUCACUAUUCUGCGGGAUACUGGGGCAAAGCAAUCGAUUAUUCGUGGGGAUGUUCUCCCUUUUUCACCUGAGUCUUAUUCUGGCUCAGAUAUUUUAAUGUUGGGUGUAAAACUGAGUGAAGUGCGUGCACCUUUGCAUUUUCUGUAUUUGACAUCUUGUUUUGUAACAGGCAAAGUAAAAAUUGCAGUUAGACCCCAGCUCCCGAUCGAUGGAGUUGAUUUGAUACUCGGGAAUGAUUUGGCCGGUGGGAAAGUCUACCCUUCUCCCGAGGUAAUCGAAAAUCCGUGUUCUGAAAGACAUGUUCCUGAUCAGGUGGGGGCAGAUCUACCUUUAUUUCCUGUGUGUGCUGUGACUCGUGCUCAGGCACGAAAAAUGGGUGACUUGGUGGAUCUUAGUGACACAUUUUUGUGCUCUAACAAUCCAACAAAGACACUCCCAACCCGUAAAAAAGUAGUUCCUAUUAAGUCUCAUUCUGUUAAUGAUGAUCUGACACUAUCAGUAGACAAAGAUCAGCUAAUCGCAGCCCAAAAUGGCGACAGUAGUUUGUCUCAUUGUUUUGCCUUGAUCAAGAAUCCCAAAAGCCUAAAAUAAGUUUCUUACCACCUUGAAAAUGGGGUCCUAAUGCGCCUCUGGUCGCCUAGUUCAGGUUUUACGCACGACUCUGUGUGCCAAAUUGUCGUCCCAAAACCUUUUCGUACCCAAGUUCUGUGUUUGGCCCAUGAUCAUUGUAUGUCUGGCCAUUUAGGUGUUAGAAAAACCUAUAACCGCAUCCUCCGUUUUUUUUUCUGGCCAGGACUAAAAUCUGAUGUUGUGAAAUAUUGUCAAUCCUGUCAUACUUGUCAAGUGUCUGGUAAACCUAACCAAGUAGUUUCUGCUGCACCCCUUAGGCCAAUUCCUGUUGUUGGUGAACCCUUCUCGCAUGUUAUUGUAGACUGUGUUGGUCCCCUUCCACGAACCAAAUCAGGUAACAUUUAUAUUUUAACUAUCAUGUGUGCUUCUACUCGCUUCCCUGAGGCUAUCCCCUUGCGCUCUCUGAAAACCCGCGCCAUUGUAAAAGCACUGGUAAAGUUCUUUUCUACAUUCGGCCUUCCGAAAAGCAUUCAAAGUGACCAAGGGUCAAAUUUCAUGUCUAAAGUCUUUGCUCAAGUCAUGUCAGAGCUCAAUAUUAAACAUCAUGCUUCCAGUGCCUACCAUCCCGAGAGUCAGGGUGCAUUAGAAAGGUUUCACCAAACACUUAAAAGUAUGCUUUGUAAAUUCUGUACUGAGUCAAACAGAGAAUGGGAUGAAGGUCUACCUUUGCUGCUAUUCGCCAUUCGAGAAACUCCUCAAGAAUCCCUUGGCUUUAGUCCAGCCGAUUUAGUUUUUGGCCACACUGUACGUGGACCAUUGCGCUUACUUCGUGAAAAGUGGCUUUCUGAUAACUCAAACCCUGAACAAAACAUGUUAGACUAUGUUAGCUCUUUCCGAGAAAGACUGCAUCAUGCAUGCGAUUUGGCCCGUAAUUCAAUGAAGGUUGCCCAAAGCAACAUGAAAAUCCGUUAUGACAAAAAGGCCGUAGUGCGAACUUUUCAGCCUGGUGACCAGGUUCUUGUGUUGUUGCCCAUCGUGGGUGCUGCGUUGCGUUCAAAAUUCUCUGGCCUGUAUGUUAUAGACCGAAAACUUAGUGAAACAGAUUAUGUACUUCAGACCCCUGAUCGCAGGAAAAAGACUCGUGUAUGUCACAUCAACAUGUUAAAACCAUAUAUCGACCGUGAUAAGAGUACCGCUGCCCCUAUUACUGCUUUGUCUGCUGCACAGCCACCGUACCAUCCUAGUGUUGAUGGGCUGAAUGAAAAACACAGCUCCACAUCCUGUGCACGCCUUCAAAACUCUGAGGUCUUGAUGAAUCUGGAGGUAUACUUAGCGCACCUUUCAAGCCCUGCUCGCUCUGACAUAUGUAAUCUCAUCCACAGAUAUUCGCGCUUGUUUCAAGACAUCCCCUCCCAGACAAAGGUCUUGGAACAUGACAUUGAUGUGGAGGAUCAUAAGCCAAUCAAACAGCAUGCCUAUCGUGUGAAUCCGACAAAACGUGCCAUGAUGGAGAAAGAAGUAAGGUAUCUUCUUGAUCAUGGGUUCGCCGUCCCAAGCUGUAGCGCUUGGAGCUCCCCUUCGCUGCUCGUACCAAAACCUGAUCAGACAUCACGUUUCUGUACCGAUUACCGCAAAGUUAAUGCCAUCACUAAACCUGACUCGUUCCCAUUACCUCGAAUGGAUGACUGUGUUGAUAGGCUAGGCUCUGCUAAAUUUGUGACCAAAUUAGACCUUCUCAAAGGCUAUUGGCAGGUCCCGCUAACAAAACGUGCUUCGGAAAUAAGUGCCUUUGUCACCCCUGAUCAUUUUUUACAGUACACAGUCAUGCCAUUCGGACUUCGAAAUGCACCAGCUACUUUCCAACGGCUGAUGAAUAUUGUUUUAGGUAGCGUUCGUAAUUGUGAGGUCUAUCUAGACGACAUAGUUGCCUAUUCUCAAACAUGGCCUGAACAUAUGAAAACUCUUGGUGAAAUAUUUGAUCGUUUAUGUGCUGCCUCUCUGACAUUAAAUUUAGCAAAAUGUGAAUUCGGUAAAGCAACCAUUACCUAUCUGGGGAAAAAGGUCGGUCAGGGCCAGGUUUGCCCUGUACUGGCAAAGGUUCAGGCCAUCAUUGAUUUUCCAGCACCCCAAAACCGCCGUGACCUCAGGCGUUUUUUGGGGAUGGCUGGGUAUUACCGGGCAUUCUGUAAAAAUUUCGCUGACGUUGUUGCUCCACUGACUAGUCUGACCAGCACCAAAUCCCCUUUUCGUUGGUCCGAUAACUGUCAGCUCGCGUUUGAAGCCACUAAAGUCCUCCUCUGUAGUGCGCCUGUGCUCUCAGCCCCGAACUUCGCUCGCCCCUUUAAAGUAGAGGUCGACGCCAGCGCACUUGGUGCAGGUGCCGUCCUCCUGCAGGAAGACGACCGUAAUGUUAAUCACCCAGUUUGUUACUUUUCGAAAAAGUUUAAUAAACACCAGUUACACUACAGCACUAUAGAAAAGGAGGCUCUGGCCUUGUUACUGGCUUUACAACAUUUUGAGGUGUACAUCGGGUCAAGCUCUGUGCCCACUCUUGUAUUCACUGACCAUAACCCACUCGUGUUUUUGACUCAGAUGCAGAAUAGCAACCAACGUCUGAUGCGCUGGUCCUUGUUACUGCAGGAUUUCAACAUCGAGGUUCAUCAUAAAAAAGGAAAUGAAAAUGUACUGGCUGAUGCAUUAUCCCGAGCACUCUGAAUCGCACAUUUACACUGGGGGGUAAAUGUCCGAUUUUUAGGUGGUGGGGUGUUAUGACCCUGUGGGUCAAUUGUUCUUUUUACUGCUUUUUCCACUGUGUGUGUGCGUGAGUUUGGUGGCUAAUUGAAUGAAUUAGGUGCAGGUGCUGCUGAUUCAACCACUCCUGAUUGGUGACCCCUCAUUGGCCAAGGUGUGGACUUCCUGGCCUAUUUAAGAAGCCUGCCACCAGCACUCGUCCUCCUCGUCAGCCAGACCAGCAUUCAGAAACGCCAGUUUGUGUGUUCGGUUCAGCAGUGAUU